AAAUUUUUGACUUUCAUUUCAUAUUAAAACCCAUCAUAAAAAAAUAUUACCUAAAUUUCUGUGUUAAAAGUCUUUUUUACCCUAUACUUUCAAAAUCUGGCCGAAAAUAAUGAAAUGGGCGAAUCGAAUGCCAUCGUCGGGCAGACAGUGGCUGUGGGAUCAGGAAGAUGUAUGAGCAUUCAAGCCAUGCAAGCUCUUUUUGAGCUUAAGGAGAACAACCAGCUGUGUGACGCUACGAUUGUUUUGGACGAUGGCGCAGCAAUACCGGUACACAGAGCCAUUUUAUGUGCGUGUAGUUCAUAUUUCAGGGCACGAUUCACCACCAUGCUGCAAAGCGGGCAUAAGAGUAGGGUUCACUUACCUGGAGUUACUUCAGACAUGCUCCAGAAGCUCUUAGUAUAUGUUUAUUUAAGAAAGAUAGAUAUUACAGAGGAGAACGUGUAUUCUUUAUUAAUUACGGCCGAUUACUUAAGCAUUCUUGGGGUGGUGCAACUAUGCUGCAAGUUUCUGGAAGAUAAUCUCAGUCCGAAGAACUGCAUCGGAGUGCUGCGAUUUGCGAGGAAUCACUUUUGUCUGGAGUUGGGUAAUAACGUUUGGACAUACAUAAUGAGAAAUUUUACUCAGAUAUCUACGGACAGCAAUGAAAUAUUGAAUCUGAAUCUGGCAGAGAUUCAGGAAAUCAUCAAUGCAGAUCACCUCAAUGUGAAGAGCGAGGAAACUGUUUGGGAGACCAUUCUCAGGUGGAUCGACUAUGAUACCACCGCUAGAAAGAAGCAUAUUGUGGCCUUGAUGAAGUGCAUAAGGCUGGGACUGCUGGAUACACAGUUUUUCCUAGAAAGAGUCAAGGAACAUCCCUACGUAUCCAGCAGCGAGGAGAGUAGGCCAAUGAUCAUAGAAACGCUGAAGUUCCUGUAUGACUUAGAAAUGAUCACCCAUAGAGAAAUAUAAUCGGGUGAAUCGAAACGAAGCUACUUUAAUCAGAUGUUGUCGUGGUUGCAAGAAGGCCGAAAUCGAAGUACUGGACAUCAAAGACAGUAUACAGAGCGACAGGAUCGUUAUUUGAGCCCAAAUUCGAGCGGCAGCCACUUCCUAAUCAUUUGGUCUCCUAGAGACGGAGAAGUAAUAACGCCCGAGAUCGCACGACCUCGCGUACCGCACGAGAUCCUAUUCGCCAUUGGAGGUUGGAGCGGAGGUUCGCCCACCAACUUCAUCGAAACCUACGAUACCAGGGCGGAUCGCUGGGUGAAGUUAGAAGAGGUCGAUCCGACAGGACCUCGCGCUUAUCACGGCACCGCAGUCGUUGGAUUCAAGAUCUACGUUAUCGGAGGUUUCGACGGAAUGGAUUACUUUAACUCCUGUAGGUGUCUAGAUGCAGUCAAUAAGGUCUGGAAGGAGAUCGCCCCUAUGCACGCAAGAAGAUGCUAUGUAAGUACAACGGUUUUGGACGAGUUGAUAUACGCAAUGGGAGGUUAUGACGGUCAUCAUAGACAAAAUACCGCCGAAAAGUAUGACCACCGGACAAAUCAGUGGUCAUUGAUAGCCCCGAUGAACAUGCAACGAUCUGAUGCCAGCGCUUGUGCUUUAAAUGGAAAAAUAUACAUAACUGGAGGCUUCAAUGGACAAGAGUGUAUGCAUUCGGCUGAGGUUUAUGAUCCAGAAAUUAACCAGUGGUCUCUGAUAACCCCAAUGAGGUCACGCAGGUCAGGAGUAUCUUGCAUAGCAUAUCACGGACAGGUGUACGUGAUCGGAGGCUUUAAUGGAAUCUCCAGAAUGUGUAGCGGCGAGAAGUUCAACCCCCAGGCGAAUACCUGGGCUCCCAUUCCAGAUAUGUACAAUCCCAGAAGCAACUUCGCGAUUGAGGUCAUCGAUGAUAUGAUAUUUGCUAUUGGGGGAUUUAACGGUGUAACGACCAUUUACCACGUAGAAUGCUAUGACGAGAGGACAAAUGAAUGGUAUGAAGCGACCGAUAUGAACAUUUACAGAUCUGCUCUGUCCGCAUGUGUCAUCGAUGGUCUUCCAAACGUGCAAGACUACAUCCAUAAGCAUAGGGACAGACUCAUGGAGGAGAAACGCCAGAAGAUGAUAGCAUUAGAGAAUCAGCGCAACAUGGGCGGCGUAGGCCACAAUAUAGCCAUCAACCAACAGCAAGAGAACAUCGCAGCUGUUGUCAACGCCAACAUGCAACAAUUAAACAUCUUGCAGCAGUUGAACGCUAACUUGAAUCCUGCUUUACCUCCGGCACCGGUCCCCAAUCCGCAGCCGAUGGACGUUGACGAGAAUGAAAACAACCAGAAUUAGAGCAGGGUAAGAAGCAGAAAAGGAGACAUAGGCACCUCCAAGAUACGGCGCACAUGGACAGUAAAUGAUUUAUCCAUAGAACCAGGAAGCCGGCUCCCACUGUUCCCGGUGAUGCAUAUACAUUUUUGAAAAAUUAUCUAGUGAUUUGAAGCCCACAGACUUUUGUAUUUUUAUUAACUUUACUAGCCGUCGACUUUUUUCUAUAUACAGUUUUAUACAUUUUGUCUCACAAUGUCGAUGUUUUAUUCACUUAUUGACUGUAGCUUCACCUAUGAUUUAUAUAAAGUAACAUGAUGAAAGUCACGAAUUAGUUAUCCUUAUGCCACAACUAAAGAUGAUGGAAAUACAGAUAUGCAGGUCAUA